AGAUUCAAUCCGAAAAGUCGUCAACUUUUGGAGCUGCCUGACGAUAUGCUCAACAAAAUUUUCGACCGUGUGAUGCCAAUCGAGCUAUUCCCAAUUCGAAACGUGUCUCAUCGCUUCCGUGACAUCAUCGACAGCCGGGCCCUCGCAUUCAAGAAGAUUAGCUUUUACAUUGGCAAUUGGUCCUUUUUCAUAAAUUUUAAUGAUGUUGAUGAGAACAGCGUUGAAUACGUCCAAUAUUCGGAUCAAGAGGACGACUUCACACUUAACUAUAAUGACAAGGAAAUCCACGUGUCAAAAGGAUGCCCAUUGAAAGCUGGUCUCUCCGACUUGUGCCAAAUCAUGCAAAAUCCGAAAUUCUCGCUUGAAGUUCUCGAUGUCACUUUCUACAAUAUGCUCCGCGACGACGAGUACACGGAACUCGUUGAGAAUUGUCUGAAAAAGCUGAAACCCAUUCGAGUGACUGCGGUUGUGCUUAACGAUGCCUACGGUGAUACUAGUGAUCACGUUCUUCCGUACUUGGAACCGGGAUACCUCGAGGAAAUUCGUAUUCGUACAUUUUCUUCGUUUAAAAAUAUUCUCAUGAAAAAGCCCAGCUUUAAAGGUGCUGAAAUCUUUGUUGGAAAUCCUGAUUUCAUGGAAAUUCUGAAAGUAUUCUACCCAAAAUACUCUGAACCACUUCCUGCUGGAGUUCGCUUCGAGACCCAAGGUUUCAAGUUUGUUAUCGGCUUCUAUUUGGACAGUGUCAAUCAUAUCAUCUAUAUCACCAAGGUUUAGAAUUUAGACGCUGAGUCUGAUUGAAUAUUGUUCUGUUUUCUGUUGAUU